CUUAACUGAGCACUGAAUAAUUAGUCCUGCCCACGAAACAGACUCUCUCUCCUCUCCCUAGUUCCUAAACUACUCUCUCUCUCUUCUGUCUCUCUCAUGGCUUGCCGGCCAAAAUGGACACUACCCAUCGAGUUCUCGACGCCGGAAUCUGACGCACUUUAUCACCGGAAACUCGAAAACCCUAUCCAUUAGUAUUAAUCUGAGCUGUUGUUGUAUAUUUUUUCACAUUGUAUCAACUGUUGACUCUUGGAAAUCGCGGUGGAGAUCUGAACAAUUCAGUUCGUUGUAUCCACUCUUUAGAUCUCAAAUUGACCACUUAAGAGCGAUACGUAUACACAUAUAUAUAGAGAGAGAAAGGGAAACAAAUAUGUAUGUGGUUCAUCCACCGAAGCAGGGAGAUCCUACAUCCGGAUCCACUAGCGCCCCCUCGAAUGACCUGCGGAUUUACCAGACAUGGAAAGGAAGCAAUAGAUUUUUACUUCAAGGGCGAUUCGUAUUUGGGCCGGAUGUGAGGUCACUGGUGCUGACCAUAUUCCUUAUUGUUGCUCCCGUCACAAUUUUCUGCGUCUUUGUUGCUAGAAAAUUGAUGGAUGAUUUCCCUUACAACUUGGGAAUAUCAAUUAUGGUUGUGCCUGUUGUCUUCACCGCUUAUGUUUUAUUUCUUCUCCUACUAACAUCUGGAAGAGAUCCGGGCAUCAUUCCUCGUAAUUUACACCCUCCAGAACCAGAAUCUUACGACGGGACUGCAGACAGUACUGGGAAAACCCCACAGUUACGACUGCCUCGCGUUAAGGAAGUUGAGGUGAAUGGGAUUCCGGUGAAGAUCAAGUAUUGUGAUACAUGCAUGCUAUAUAGACCUCCGCGUUGCUCCCACUGUUCAAUCUGCAACAAUUGUGUUGAACGAUUUGACCACCACUGCCCUUGGGUUGGGCAGUGUAUUGGGCUGAGGAAUUACCGAUUCUUCUUCAUGUUUGUCUCCUCAACAACCCUUCUAUGCAUAUAUGUUUUUAGCUUUUGCUGGAUUUACAUUUGGAAGAUUAUGGACGCAGAGGCUACCACGUUAUGGAAAGCCAUGAUCAAGACCCCUGCUUCCAUUGUGCUAAUUUUUUACACCUUCAUAUCAGUAUGGUUUGUUGGAGGCCUUACUGCCUUUCACUUAUAUCUCAUCAGCACAAAUCAGACUACUUAUGAGAACUUCAGAUACCGCUACGAUCGGCGAGCCAACCCCUAUAACAAAGGAGUGAUGCAGAACUUCAAGGAGAUUUUCUCUUCCAGUAUCCCUCCAUCAAAGAACAAUUUUAGAGCAAAGGUGCCUGUGGACCCAGGGUUACCAGAUCGAAUGGUGGGUGGGGGUAGUCCUAACAUGGAGAAAGCCGUGGAGGAUAUCGAAAUGGGCAGGAAAGCGGUUUGGGGAGAUGCAGAGGCUGGGUUAGGUUAUAGUGAAGGGCAACUUAAGGAUGGUGGACUAAGUGAAGUAUCUCCGGACGUAAGGACUACUGUGGGUGAGGAGGACCGUAUCGGAAUACACACAAGGCGCUCCAGUCGGGGAAGGAAAAGCGGCAGCUGGGAAAUGUCGCCUGAAAUUCUUUCUUUGGCAUCGAGACUUGGGGAAGAGAACCGAAUCGAUCGCAGUUGUAGCAGCAGCAGCUUGACAACCUCAAGACCGACGGAAGCCAAGGCGUGAUCAAAUGGAUAACGGAAGUGAAUCGAGUUCUUUGGUGAGUUUAAAGUUUCAUGCUUGGUGAUCCAACUGCCUCAAUAUUUCACUGCUUGGUGAGUUUGGGUAUUGGGCCUUGCUUUGAGAUGGUGUUAAGAAGGUUUGGCCAUGUGUGUUGUGAGAAUUUGUUUCUACUUUUCCUCAUUUUGUAUUUGCAUUUGUGGAAGUAUUUGGUGUAAAGUUUGUGCCCUCUAUUUCUCUCAUUGUUAAUCUUUCACAGACUGCUUUGUGUUGGUUCUGAAAUCUGAAUAGCUCAAACCUGCCUUCACUUGUACUCUACUAAACAUGAAAAGAAUAUGAAUGCCCCAAUCAUAGGGCACCUUUUUUUUUUUAAA